UCGCUUUACCUGCGGUGCCGUAUCAUCGGCCAACGAGCAACAGGAGUCAACAACGUAGACACAGACCCGUUGUUUUCCGACCCAGGACCGAGAGGAAGUGCGGUGACGCGCACCCCCGCUAUUUUCUUUGCGUCCUCGGCGCGCCAAGCGCGUGGUUGCCUGCUGUGUCAUCGCCGCGUGAUCCCCGAGCGUGUGUCAAGGUUCGAGAGGGAGAGAGCGUGAACGACGACUCCGCGGGGGCGAAUCCCUCGAGAAAAGCUCGAUCGCACUCAAACACCCGCUCAGCCGAGCACCGUUCGGGAGAGCCUUCGCUCUUCGUCGUGCAGGCCGACCGAAGUAGGCCCCUUGUUAAGUUCCCCGGAAGCCCACGAGGAAUUACCGGCGAAAAAGCUCCGCAAUGGCCGAGAACAGCAACGGAACCGUGUCGAAAACCGCUCCGCACGAGGCGAUCAUCCCGAUCGUCUUCGACGGCAAGCAGCACUUUCCGGGCAAGCAGCAGUUGGCCUGUUCACGCCAGGUCUUCGAGAUGGUCGAGCGCAAGGAGCCGCUGGUUCCCUUGGACGACGACCCUCUGCAGCGUGAAUGGGAUGAGUUCAUCGAAGACUUCCCACAGUGCAGCAGAUACCUGGAGCCCGACUUCAUAGACCGCAACUUCCCGGCGCUCAGCAAAAGACUGUCCGGUGACACCACGGCAGAUGCGAGCGGCGACGAAGAGAAAGUGGUCGUUUACGACGUAGACGUCAAGCAGUUCCGACCGGACGACAUAAACGUCUGGGUAAAGGACGGCAACGUGUCGGUGGUGGGACGCUCCGAGAAGGUCCUCAACGGCGGAGGCAAGUACGUCAAGGAGGAACUGCUGGGAGGCAUCCGGGUGCCCGCGGACGUCGAAGCCGACGACGUCACGCUGGAGACGACGCCUGAGCUCCGACUGAAGAUCUCGAGGCCUGAUUCGCGGCCGGGAUCAGCCAUGUCGUCAGCUUCGUCCUCGGCGCCUUCGUCCGCGGAGAACUCGCUUGCCGAGAGGUGAAACGGCUGUGUGUCACUUGAGUUGGUGACAGAACAAUCCGCGCGAGGCGGCCAUUGAUUCCGGGCUGCGUUGUUCGAGAGGGACAGGCCGCAACAUACGCGCCAGAGAGUGAAGGCAGUCAUGGAGAGACUUUAUCGCGGUGGCUAGAGAGAGCCGAAAAUCUUUUUCUCUCAUCUUAUGUUUUAAUUUCUCGGUGACUCCUGACGCUAACAGCUGAAUAUUUAUGCGCUUCCUUUAUGCGCAGAUCAUUAUUCGAGGCAGGUCCUGCAGACGGGCGCAGUUUGGGUCCCGUUCGUUAACUUCUAUAUUGUCCCUAGUCUCCUGUAUCUUCAGUCGCGACUGAUAUAUCACCUGUAUAGAAAGCUGGUAUUGUUAUUGCUGAUAGCGCAUUUUGAAAGUGGCGUUUUUGAUUAUAUAUUUUAAGAUGAAUGUCGAGCUUCUUGAGGACCAAGAGUGUGUUUACCCUGUGUUUACUCGCUGUUCGCUGUACUUGUGUGAAUAAAAAAAGAUGCCACAAUAUAG